CCAAAACGCAUUUUUUGGCGGCGUGGUGCGGUUGGUGCCGCACCAAUCUGAUUGGGGUCAGUGCCAUGGCCAAUCCAACCGAGGAUGAGUUGGAGGAUUUUAUUAAGGACAACAAUGUGGACAGCCGAGCUGCGUCCGAUCUACGUGACUGCACAGGAGAAGUGCAGAGAAAAGUCAUUGCACGAGGAGACCUGAGCAGCGCGCGGAACCCUUCGGCAGCACUACUGGCCCGCAUCAGGGACGCGCGCAAUAGCGGUGGGACGGUCACCAGAGGUCACCAUGCCGGUGGAAGCACGCCCGAAUUAGAAGAGUUCAUCGCGCACAACAAGGUUGAUGAAAGUGCCGCUGAUUCCUUGAGGAGCUGCUCCCCUGAAGUACAACGCACGGUGAUUGCCAGGGGAGAGUUGAAGACUGCCCGGAACCCGUCAUCUGCCCUCCUGUCGCGGAUUCGGGAUGCCAAGAGCGGCCGAGGCUCGGGCGCUCCUGCCCCCGUCACGGCAGACCCUGCGGUGGCUGCAGCCCCGACUCUGCCUGCGGGCUUCCCAUAUUAUCCACCAGGUUACCCCUACUCCGCCUACUACCCCUACUAUGGCUACCCCGGUUUGGUCCCGGGCAUGCCUGUGCCCGGGGUCCCCGGGGUCCCUGGCGUCGUCCCGGGCGCUCCACCGCCGGGUGCUCCGGGCACGAUCGUGCCGGGGGCGCCGCCACCGGGAGCACCACCGGGGGCGGAGAAGAGCCGCAGCCGCAGCCGCCGGAGCCGCCGGAGGAGUUCCAGCUCUAGUGGGAAGAAGAAAAAGAAGAAGGGCAAAAGAAGGGGCAGGAGCAGCAGUAGCUGAAUAGGAAGUCCAGGGGCUGAACGGAGUUUCAGGCUGCUUGGAUGAAUCCAGCAUGGGGAUAUGUGAGACAAGUACAAUGUGGGCCGCAACUGAUGAAAAACAAAAAAUAAAAUAUGAAUUAGCGUUUCAAACAUAAAGU